ACAAUUAUUCAUACAUUUCUUUUUAUUUGUUUUAGAUCUCCGGUCUGGUGCUUGCUGACUGGAUGCAUCCUCAUUAUAGUUUCAGAUGUCGUGAGAGUGAAGGAAUAGACAUUUUUGGAAUCAACAGUAAUAGUAGAGUGACCCUUGUGAAUGCGUCGUGCAUGAAUACGCAGCUUACACAACAUCAAGGAAUUUUUAAUAUUUCCUAUAAUUGUACAAACAAAGUGACGAAGGGACAUACUACGGAACAUGAAGUCGAAAUAAGUGUUAUUGAUCCAAUAUUUGAUGGAACCACAACUACCACUGCAAAUCCACCGACUGGUACUACAAAGCCCCCAGUUUUCAUUGGAGGACACAAGGAGCACAGAUUUAAAAUCAGAUGUCUCAACAUCCCAAAUACUGGAGUUAAUAAAACUGUCGCUCAUGUUUUUCAGGGAGGGCCCCACAAACUACCCGACAACCACAAAGAGGUGUUUCCCGUUGAGAUGCGCUUUAAAGCAACAGAGAACAUUAAAGCUCCUGAUAUCAGUGAGAUCUAUAUUGGAGAUGAAUUCUUUAUGUUUCUUAUAUAUACUGGAGUCUCUAAGUACAAAGUGAUACCUAAAUCUUGUACAGCGUAUUCAGGAACAGUUGUCAUUGGAAAUUCAGAUAAACAAGUCUCUCUGUGGGAUGAAAAGAAUAGGAAUGGAAGUGGAUGCAAUGUAAAUAAAGGAUUACUAGACACAAUGAAAACAUACAACAAUCAUACUAAUACUACUGCUGCAAAAAUGUAUGGGUUCAAGUUUGAGGGAAGUGAUUUCAUUACUAUAUCUUGUGAAGUUGGUGUCUUCCCAGAAAAUUCUCAAAAGAAAAUAUGCACAGCAACCAGACGGAGAAGGGAUACACGACCUUGGAGAAGGGAUGUUGUAGAUACUGCGAUUCAGAGGAAGAACGUUGUCGGCAAAUUAAGAGUAGUUAACCAUCCCUCCGAAUAUAAGAAUAUGGCCAGUAAAACUGGAGUUUCAUUUGAAUGUAUCAAGCUGUCCCUUGGAAUUAUGAUAUUGUCGUCACUUUUAAGCAUAUUCAAGUAAAAAGGACUUUUCUAACUAGACUGGUUCAUUUUUUGUUUCAUAUUGGCAUGUUAACUGUAUUUUACUGCAUAUGUAUAGGAAGAAUCAUUGAAAAACAAAUGUAUUUUUAAACAAGAAUGUCAGAAAGGGAAAUCAAAAUCAACGGAUAGUAAAAUUUUUAUAUGGAUAUUUCUGUGUUGUUUAUUAACGGAAAUGCAAAAAAAUUACAUUCAGAA